AUGCAAUUCGCCAAGUCUCUCCUGCUGCUCGCAGCCCUCACCACCAGCACCCUGGCCCUACCCACCACCCUUGAGCGCCGCCAGGCCACAUCCUCCUCAGCCGCCAGCGGCAGCAGCUGGACCUCCACGCCCUCCAGCGGCUCGUACUCCACCGCCGGCUUCGGCAGCUCCACCAGCUCCUCCGGCUCAGGCGCAACCUACGAAGGCAACGUGGGCAACCCCUACGGCAGCAACAUCAUCACCGUUGACGCCGCGUCCGCCAGCAACUACAAGUACGUGGCGCAGUUCACGGGCUCCAACACCGACGACUGGACCGUCGCCAUCUUCAACAAGUACGGCCCGGAUGGCCAGAUGACAGGCUGGUACGGCAACGCCUGUAACACCUUUACUCUUGCCGCCGGCGAGACCGUCUACAUUGCCUUCGACGAGGACUCGAAUGGUGGCUGGGUCGCCGCCUCCGGAUCCACUAUCCCUACUGAUGCCUCCGGUGGCUACGCUUCUACCUGGGGCGAGUUCGACUUCGGUUCCACUACCAACAGUGGCUGGUCUGGCUUCGAUGUCUCCGUUAUCGCUGCCCAGAAUGCUGGUCUGUCUAUCUCUGGUAUGCAGAUCUGUGAUGCCCUUGGCUCGGUUUGCUCUUCGGUUACCCAGGACGCUGCUACUGUCAAUAACGCUUACACCUCUGCUGAGACCGAUGUCGGUGGUAUUGGUGCCAACUUGGCCUCUGGUCCUGUUCGUCUGGCUGUUACCAUUGAUUACAGCGGAUAA